AACCUCUCCCCCCACCCCCAUGAGUGAGUUUCGGACUAUGCCCAGGACUACGGACUUCAAACUCUGCAUCUCCUGCCCGUACUCCUUUUUGGACAACGACAAACACCAACACUGCUUCUACUGCUUAGGGGAAAGCUCACAUCACGUCCAGGUGCAGUAUUUGCCAGUCUUUCCCCAGCCACACUCAAGAACGCCGGGCUCUCUGUCUCCAGAAACACCUCAUAGAGCUUGCCAUGAGGCCUCAUUCGGACCCAGGCCAGGGAACCCUCCCGCCCCGAUACAUCGGCCUAAAUCAGCAAGGAGUACUACGUCCGAAUCCUGUGUGUGUGGAACCACCCCCACGGACUUCAUGGUGGGGACUAGUUGGGAGAACAAGACAAACAGACACGAGAGGAGAGAAAAGAUCAGCAAAGAGAAAAUGCUGCUUCUGUCUCUGGUGCUGAUUCUCACUUGCAAUCUUACUGCUGCAGAAACACAGGCCCAGCAGAGGUCUCAUCAGCUGCUACAAGACCUGGCAAACUUGUACCAGCAUCGAGCUUUUCAGGGCACACCAGCUGGAGAGACAAUCCCUGCUGGCCUGACAAGCAAAGCAACAGAGGAGCUUGCAGAAAUUUAUCAGGGAGCAAGCACAAGUGCAGCAGCAGUUGCUUCAGACACUGAGAGCCAGCCCACAACAUCCGAUGAGACGGUGGUGGCAGGUGGCACCGUGGUGCUGAAGUGCAAGGUGGAGGAUCCCGACGACUCCUCGCUGCAGUGGUCCAACCCAGCCCAGCAGACGCUGUACUUUGGGGAGAAACGAGCGCUCCGGGAUAACAGGAUCCAGCUGGUGAAGUCCACACCCAAGGAGCUGGCCAUCAGCAUCAGCAACGUGGUGCUGGCAGAUGAGGGCGAGUAUACCUGCUCCAUCUUCACCAUGCCUGUGCGGACGGCCAAGGCCCUCGUCACCGUGCUGGGAAUCCCCCAGAACCCUCAAAUCUUUGGCUACGAGCUGCCCAUCCGAGAGACAGAGACGGCCCAGCUGACGUGUAGAUCCUCUGGCAGCAAGCCAGCUGCCCAGCUCCGCUGGAAGAAAGGCAACAAGGAGCUGCAGGGUGGGGCCCCCGAGGUGAUGGAAGAUUCCAAUGGGAAAACCUUCACCGUCACCAGCCAUGUUGAGUUCACCGUCACCAAAGAAGACAACGACGUGGAGGUGACCUGCACAGUGGAUCAUGAGUCCCUGCAGAACUCAGAGAGAUCCACCAGCCAGAAACUGCAAGUCCACUUUAAGCCAACGGCAACGAUCGAGCCGGACCCCCCCUACCCCCGGGAGGGCGAGGAGCUGCGGCUGCAGUGUGAAGCCCAGGGCAAUCCGAUCCCCCAGGAGUUCCUGUGGACGAAGGAGGGCAGUGAUGUCCCCCUGAAUCUAAACACCAACCGAGUCCUCACCCUCCCCUUCCUCAACAAGAGCGACAGCGGCACUUACAUCUGCAUGGCCACCAGCACCAUGGGCAGCGUCGUAGUGAGGUACAACCUGGACAUCAAUGAUUUUUCCCAGCUCCCCACCCCACAUGUUCACUCCACUCCAGCCCCUUCGUCAGGCCCUUCCCAGUUCACCACUCAUGUUACCAUGGCUACUGCUUCAUCCUUCACUCCAGUUGCUGUCCAAGACGCCAGCCCGAUGUCUUCCUCCUCUGGCACAUACCAUGCUGUGAUUGGUGGAGUGGUCGCAGUCAUCGUCUUUCUGCUGCUCAGCCUGCUCAUCGUCCUGGCACACUACCUAAUCAGGCACAAAGGUACCUACCUGACUCACGAGGCCAAGGGAUCAGACGAUGCCCCGGAUGCUGACACUGCCAUCAUCAAUGCGGAGGGAGGCCAGGCCAGCGGCGAUGACAAAAAGGAAUAUUUCAUCUAGGGGUGCAGAGUGGAGAAAAGAGAAAUGGAGCCAACAAACCCAGAUGGAAAUGGAAACCGGACCACAAACCCCACUCAACCCAACAGAUUUUCUCUCGUGCCCUGGAUGGAUGGACGAACAGAGGGAUGGCGGGACAGAGACCAGAGAGUGACCGGCUUGACUCAUGAUGCUUCUUCUCGAACUUGUAUAAAACGUUAUUACUAAAAACAUUGAAAGCCCCACCCCCGUUCGCUUGCUUGUACCUUCAUACCCGCGACCGACACUCGCACUAAACACACAGACAAGCCA